AUACAUUAAUAAAUAAAUAUUAUAUAUAUUAUAUUCAUUUCCCACUUUGUAUACUCAGACUCUCAGAGACACCUGAGUGCUCUUGCAAACUCCGCCAUGGCCACCGCCGCAGCCGCCGCCGCAUCAUACUUCUUCGGCACCCGUCUCGGCAACCCAACCUCAAACACUGGAAGAUUCCACGCACUCUUCAACCUGGGUAUCAAGAAGGCAUCCUCACCAUCGCAGAAGAAAAAGGAGGUGAAACAGAAAGUGAAACCCGAUGGAGACCGGCUCGUGUGGUUCCCGAAAGCACAGCCACCGGAGUGGCUCGACGGGACCAUGAUCGGGGACCGCGGGUUCGACCCAUUUGGGUUCGCGAAACCCGCAGAGUACCUUCAGUUCGAUUUGGACUCGCUGGACCAGAACCUUGCGAAGAACGAGUAUGGCGACGUGAUUGGAACCAGGUUUGAGACCGCUGAGGUUAAACCCACGCCGUUUCAGCCCUACACGGAGGUGUUCGGGUUGCAGAGGUUCCGUGAGUGUGAGCUCAUUCAUGGAAGGUGGGCAAUGUUGGGUGCUCUCGGUGCCUUGGCCGUUGAGGCUCUCACUGGUGUCGCAUGGCAAGACGCUGGAAAGGUAGAGCUGGUGGAAGGAUCAUCCUACUUGGGACUUCCUCUUCCAUUCUCAGUGACCACAUUGAUCUGGAUUGAGGUGCUAUUGCUAGGCUACAUUGAGUUUCAAAGAAAUGCAGAGCUUGACCCAGAAAAAAGGUUGUACCCAGGUGGCAAGUUCUUUGAUCCUCUGGGUUUGGCAAACGACCCUGAAGAGAAGGCCAGACUUCAACUAGCAGAGAUUAAGCAUGCACGCUUGGCUAUGGUGGUCUUCCUCAUCUUUGGAAUUCAAGCUGCUGUAACAGGAAAAGGUCCUAUCAGUUUUAUUGCUACCUUCAACAAGUGACAUAACUCUACAAAUGAAACCUUAAAGCUCAUUUUCCUCUAUUAAGUCACUCUCACCUUGUACUGCAAUUUUAUUAAUUUUUUUCUGUACACCCCACAAGAUAAAAACUCCUAUGUAUAACAUAUAAAUGUAUAUGUAUGUACUCUGUUGUAUGCUUCUGUAUAAUAUGGUAUUGCUGCUUUGGUGCCA